CCAAUGGACCGCAGUUUCCUCUUAGCUCUCCUCCUCUUCUCCGUCGUAGCAACCGCCACAAAGGACGACAACAACGACGACUUUCUGAUCCGUCAAGUCACUGAUCACGAAGAUGAUCAACUACUGAACGCAGAGCACCACUUUACAACCUUCAAGUCUAAGUUCAGUAAAAGCUACGCAACAAAAGAGGAGCACGAUUACCGAUUCGGCGUGUUUAAGUCAAAUCUUAAGAAAGCGAAGCUCCAUCAGAAGCUCGAUCCUUCCGCGGAGCACGGAGUCACUAAGUUUUCAGACUUAACGGCGUCUGAGUUCCGUCGCCAGUUUCUUGGACUUAAAAAACGUCUCCGUCUACCGGCUCACGCUCAGAAGGCUCCGAUCUUACCUACUAACAACCUUCCUGAGGACUUCGAUUGGCGUGAGAAAGGAGCCGUCACUCCCGUCAAGGACCAGGGUUCGUGUGGUUCGUGUUGGGCGUUUAGCACAACGGGAGCGUUGGAAGGAGCAAAUUAUUUGGCUACUGGGAAAUUAGUGAGCCUUAGUGAGCAACAGCUUGUGGAUUGUGAUCAUGUGUGUGAUCCAGAUGAAUAUAAUUCGUGUGACUCGGGCUGUAAUGGUGGAUUGAUGAACAAUGCAUUUGAAUACCUACUCCAGUCUGGGGGAGUAGUGCGAGAACAGGACUAUUCUUACACAGGAAGAGAUGGCUCCUGCAAAUUUGACAAAAGCAAGAUUGCUGCUUCCGUAUCUAAUUUCAGUGUUGUUUCCGUUGACGAAGACCAAAUUGCUGCAAAUUUAGUAAAGAAUGGCCCUCUUGCAGUUGCUAUUAACGCAGCCUGGAUGCAAACAUAUAUGAGUGGUGUCUCAUGCCCAUACAUCUGUGCAAAAUCGCGUUUGGAUCAUGGGGUUCUUCUAGUUGGUUUUGGAAAUGGUUUUGCUCCCAUCCGAUUGAAGGAAAAGCCUUACUGGAUCAUAAAGAAUUCAUGGGGACAGAAUUGGGGUGAGGAAGGAUAUUACAAGAUCUGCAGAGGUCGAAAUAUAUGUGGAGUGGAUUCAAUGGUCUCAACUGUAGCUGCAGUUCAUGCAUCCAACAAUUAAUAAUACGGAGAUGCUGGUUCUGGUGGUCUCAUCCUAUGUGACACGACUCUAGUUCAAUUUGUGUAAAUAUAUAAUCAUGAAGUUGUGAAUUUAGCUUCUGGUUCUGGCAAAACUAUCUCCAUAUAGGAUCAGAAAACUACCACAAUCAUGUUAUUUAUGUAGUUGGUAAUUAUGUAUGCUUGUUACUCAAGUGUUGUUUAUCCAUAGCCAUGGCAACAUGGUAGGUACAUGAAUUAGAAUAUCAUAAGUGUAAACUUAAUUAUCU